AAUAUAUAUUGGGUUAAUAUUACUGUUUCUGAGGUACUUAUAAACUUACUUUACUCUUUGCUUAUUCCUAGUCCAUAGAAUUUUCAUGUCACGCGUGUAAGCAGCGUGGAAGUGUGGAAGUGAAGUUCUUGAUGCGGUUUGCGGCGGCGUAGAAAACGUGUUGAUAAUAGGUUAUAUUGAGGGGUAAAUUCAUGUUUCUUCCGUCAUGGGGAAUUCAUCUGUCGUUCCCCUACAGUACCUUCUCAAAUCGCAAAUCGAAUAAAGUGCUGAUUGGCAUUAGUUAAGCGUUUUAAGUAACAAGUUAGCUUUUAACGUGAGUUGAUUUGCCGUUGUUUGCCCUCUGCUCGCUCUCGGUGAAAUAUGGCAAAGGCAAAGGGUAAAUUUUCUAAGAAAACAUCUGGUAAGAUCAAAACACAACAGGAUUUUAAAAUCCGAAAGAAAGAAUUCAAAAAACAUUUGCAGAGUGGAGGCAAAUCAACUUCAAUCAUGUUAAAAAAUUUGCCUUUUUCAGUUAAAGUUGGUGAUAUUAAACAACAUUUUAAGAAGUUUGGAGUUAUUUGUAAUGUAAAUUUACCAACUAAAAAAGGUGGUAAACUAACUGGCAAUGGUUUUGUUCACUUUAAUACUGUGGAUGCUGCAGAAAGUGCCAUGAAACAAUGUUCAGGAGAAGACUUCAUGGGUCGGAAGUUAAGGGUUGAAUGGGCAAUGCCUCUGUCAGAAGUAAAGGCAGAUAUGAAAAAAGAAAAAGAUAAUUCUGCAAGAAAAGGCAAGUCAAAUAAUAUUAGAAGAAAUGUGAACAAAGAAGACAGUGAAGAUGAUAACAUGGCUAAUGACAAAGAUGAGAACAUGGCAAAUGAGAUUGAAGAUGAAAAGAAACAUGAUCUAAAUACUAAUAAACCUGCAGCUGAAGAAAUAAACAGCCUGUCACCUAUUGACAAUACCCCAAAGAAAAAUCCACAUAUUGCCAAAAAGGGUAAAAUUAUUGUUAGAAAUUUAUCAUUCAAGACAACUGAAGAGAAGCUAAUGGAUUAUUUCAAGGAAUUUGGUGCCAUAUCAGAAGUUAAACUUUUAAAGAAAGAUGAUGGGAAGUUGGUUGGUUGUGGAUUUGUUCAAUUUGAAAAGAAGUUAAGUGCACAGAAUGCUAUCCAAGAAAGAAAUGCCAAACCUUUUUUAGGAAGACCAAUUGUUUGUGAUUGGGCAAUACCAAAGGAUCAGUAUUUGAAACAUAUGGCAUCAGAAAUGAAUAAUAAUGAAGAAAAGAAAGCAUUAAAUGACAUCAAAAUAAAAAAAGAACCCUGUUCUGAUGAGAGUGACAAUGAAGCUCAUGUGAAAAUGGACACGGAAGUAGAUUCCGAUGAGAAGGACCAAGAGUGGGAGGAAGAAGAAGAAGAAGAUGAUGAUGAUGAUGAUGAUGAUGAUGAUGAUAUGGAGGAGGAUGAAGUUGAUGAUGAGUUCGAUGAUUCAGAAAAUGAUGAAUAUCCAACCAACAAAAGAGGUAUAAAAUCUAUAAAAGUUGAACAUGAAAAGGAGAGCAAGAAACCUAAAAUAAUUUCCAAUGAUGUUACGGAAGGAUGCACAAUAUUUAUUAAAAAUAUUCCUUUCUCUGCAUCAAAUGAUGACCUCAAAAAAUGCAUGAAACAGUUUGGGCCUCUUGAAUAUGCUUUAAUUUGUAUGGACAAGCUUACUGAACAUUCCAAAGGAACUGGUUUUGUCAAAUUCAAGAAAAAGGAAGAUGCAGAAGCCUGUUUGAAAACAGCAGAACCAAUAUUGAUCAAUGAUCAAACCAUAGAGGUGCUGUCAGCGAUUCCACGGGAUGAUAUUACAAGCAUGGCCGAUAAAAAGAAGGAGAAGGUCGUAAAGGAUAAAAGACAUCUGUAUCUUAUCAAAGAGGGAGUAAUUCUGGCUGGGAGUGCAGCUGCCAAAGAUGUGUCCGUCACUGACAUGGAAAAAAGGUUGAAACUUGAACAGUGGAAGACACAAAUGCUUCGUAAUCUAAAUAUGUUUGUAUCUAACACUCGACUUAUCAUAUAUAAUGUACCUCCUACGUGGUCUGAUGCACAGAUUCGACAGUUGUUUAAGGAACAUGCUGGACCCGGAGCUGUUAUUAGAGAGGCACGCAUUAUGAGAGAUAUGAGAAAUAUAGGUGCCGAUGGACUUGGAAAAUCAAAGGAACAUGCAUUUGUUCGCUUUACUGAACAUAAGCAUGCAUUGCAAGCAUUAAGAAAUCUCAACAAUAACCCAAACAUAUUUACCAAAGGGAAGCGGCCUAUUGUUGGAUUUUCAAUUGAAAACAAAGCAAUACAUAAAAUUAGAGAAAGAAGAUUACAGAAGAGUAGGCAAGCAAUUGCUGAAAAGCAAUCCAGUAACAGUCAGAACUAUCAGCAGAAUUCUAAACACAAACGUGAUCAUAAAACCCCCAAUCGGGUAAAGGAAAUGGGGGUUGAGACAAAACCAUACUCUGGACUUGAGAGCAAACCUGGCAAUAAGAACAUGCGAACAAAAUUCAAACUCAAAACUCAGGCAGCCGUUCACCAAAAGAAUGCCAAGGAGAGCAAACGAAAAUGGAAGUUGGACAAGAAAGCUCAGAAACAUAAUACAAAGCAUAGAGAGCCUCAGCCUAAGAAGAAAGGGGGAGAGGAAUAUGAUUCAUUUAGCAAACUUGUUGAUAAAUAUAAAAGUCAACUUAUGUCAUCAGAUUAUCACAAACACUGGUAUGAAUAAUUUAACAAGAAGUGUAGUUAUUUGUUGUAAGAUAACAUGUAAAUAUUUUUUUGUUCUUGUAAUAAUAAAUCAAUGUUUUAUUUAAGACAGAAA